AUGGACGUGCUAACAAAGUCAGCUGUUGCAGAAAUAACCAAACUUGUAGACGAGGGCACUGUAGUGCUACGGCUUGAAAUGUGUCAGAAAGAAAAUGAGAUAGAAGGUCUUCAAAAUAGUUUACAGCUGAUGGAAAGAGAACUGAGGAAAGCUCAAAGAGAAGCAGCAACACGAGUGACAGAUGACAGGCAAGAUGCUGAGGGAAUUCAGGUUGGGAGUGGGACUCCACAAAAAGGUGAUGAAGAGGACCAAAAAGCCCAAGCCAUGCCUGUAGAGGACCCAGUAGAGAGCUUCAAUGAGCUGCAGAGGUCUGGACACCUUGAAGAGUGCAACAACAUGUGAGACAUGUACUGGUCCCUUGUUGGAAUUGAACCCACAACCUUGGCAUUGUAAGCACCAUGCUCUACCAAUUGAGGCACACAUGACAUGAGGUCGGGUCCUGUGUGAGCUAGAACUCUGUGGGUCUGUGGAGGUGAACCAGGCAGUGCAGGCAGUCCAGUCUGCCUACCAGGGCUGGAGCCGGAUGUCAGGGAUGGAGAGGGCACACAUGUUAGAAGCUGCCCAUAUCAUUGAGUUGUAGCUAGUUGCAGUUGCAACUGUCCGAAGUCCGACUGUCAGAAAGAUGUUUCAAAAGCUUGUUUUGUUCCGGCGGCUCCGACCUGCUGCUCUACUCUCUGCAACUCUACGUUGUGCCUCAUCGGGGACCGUGGACGUCAAAGUCCCGCUGAACUUCUGGUGCGGAGACAGAGUAAAGAUCAGGGAUGUGUCAACCACUGAGCCAGUUUACGAACCUGCAACUGGUAGCUACCUGGUUUCUAAAGAGUACUCUCUGAACCCUCCGUCGACUUUUAUAACGAUUUAUUUUAUCAGAACUUGAUUUUUACAUGUUCAUACACCCAAAGUGCUUUUUCUUUUAUUGAUUAACCUCCACUGUUGGACUUAGAUCUGAAGUCACUGUGAUUUUAUUCAGCUGGCUGAAAACCAAUUGUUUGUCACGCUGUAUCCUGUCAUAAACUUUGCACUGUUUCCUUGUUACAGUCACUCAGUGGAAUGGGUAUAUAGUUGAUGGGUGUACCCACAUCAGAAUUGGAGGAAUACACAAUUUACUUGUUGAUAUAACUUGUCAUGUUUCUCAUAGCAUGUCAGAUAGUUUGUGUGUGUGUGUGACUAGCGCUAUAAUGGCACAGAUACGAAGAUGAGUCCUCUAUCUAUCUCUAUGGUUGCGCCUCAUUGGGGACUGUGGAGGUCAAAGUCCUACUAAGGGUUAAUGAAAUACUGAAAUUGAUCUUAGGUCUAUAUUAAAUGAUGUUAACCCC